UCAUAAGAAAAAGUCGGGCGACGUCAGAUAAGGAGAUGGUGAUAAUCUUACAGGGACAUACAGAGGGAUAUGAUAAUAAUGCACAAAUGGUUAUUAUACUUACUAAAGGAAAAAUCUGUAUACAAAUUAUCAAUUGUAUCCCUUCAUUAUCGCUCAAGGAUUUUGCAACUACGGAAAAAAUAAUGCCAGACUAUUCACCCUCGGAGAUCAUUGAUAUUAUUCUCAUUCUUGGAGAAUGUCAUUUAAAUUAUCACGAAGCUUCGCGAGUUUACCGAGAUCGGUAUCCUGAAAGGGAAAGACACCCCAAUCCUGCUUUAAUCCGAAACCUCGAACGAAGAGCUCGUGAAGGUGAUCUCAAACGUAAAAGGAAAGAUCAUGUGUAUGAUGAAAAUGACAAUCGUGUGGUCACGCUCCUGGCAGCAAUUCAUCUCAAUCCUCAUGUUAGUCAACGGAUUUUGGCAAGGGAACUAGGUAUUCCAAGAUCAACAAUUAGGAGGAUUAUGAAGAAACUUAAAUACCAUCCCUACCACAUAACGUUGACACAAGCUCUGAGUCAAAGGGAUAUGCAAUUGCGUAUCCAAUUUUGUCAAUGGGCACAACAAAUGAUCAGAGCUGAACAAAAUUUUUUCAAUUUUGUCAUGUUCUCUGAUGAGUCGACAUUUAAAAAUAAUGGUGAGCUAAAUAGGCAUAAUUGUCACUAUUGGUCAGAUGUUAAUCCCCAUUGGCAUAGACCAAUAGAUAAUCAGAAUCGUUGGAGUAUCAAUGUUUGGUGCGGAAUUGUGAAUGGGUAUUUGAUUGGUCCCUAUUUCUUUGACGGAAAUGUCAACGGGGAAAACUUUCUGGCAUUUCUUAGAGAUGAUUUACCACAAUUACUUGAAAACGUUGACCUGCAAACACGCCAGAGGUUAUGGAUACAACUCGAUGGCGCGCCACCUCACUAUACAAGAUAUGUGAGAGAUUACCUGAAUGAAACGUAUAAUGACAGAUGGAUUGGACGAGGUGGCCCCGUCGCGUGGCCUGCACGAUCUCCUGAUCUGACGUCGCCCGACUUUUUCUUAUGGGGAUACCUGAAAAAUGUCGUGUACGAGCAAACGCCUACAACAAGAGAAAAUAUGAUAGAAAGGAUACGAGAAGCUUGCAGAAGAAUAACGCGCGAUAUGUUACUCAAGACAGUAAGACAUUUCCAAGAUAGGUUGGCAUUAUGUAUCCAAGCCAAUGGAGACAACUUCGAACAAUUGAUUCGAUAAAUCUUUAUUGACUGGAUCAUUCUCGAUUUUGCCUUCGGUGGCGGGAUUCUUCUUGAUCUUACUUUAGUUGACAGAACCAUCAACGAUCUUGCCUUGACUGGCUGGAUCCGUGUUCGUAUCUUGCCUUGACUGGCUGGAUCCGCGUUCGUAUCUUGCCUUGACUGGCUGGAUCAGUGUUCGUAUCUUGCCUUGACUGG